ACAAUACUCUCACCACAGACAAAAUUUUUAAAGAUCUGGAAAAUGUCUAAUAACGGCAGUAUCACUUGGCCCGAAAGCACAGCACUACAUUUCGCUGACGGAGAGCGUAUGUUCAAUAAUGAUUUGAUUAAAUCAUCCCUCGCUACUUCUCGAUCAAAUAGUUUUUCGGAUGAGGAAGAACUUCAUUGUCCACGAUGUACAUUCUAUAUUCUUCCAAAUAGGACAUCCUGUGAGAUGUGCGGUACGAACAUAACUAGACGGGAACAUGAGAAUAGAUCUGAUGAGAAACCAAAAAUCCAUAUUGGACCUGUUGAAGUUGGUAAAGAUGUUGGUAUCGCCGUUGAUCUCCAAGCGCCAUCUAAACCUGGAAAAUACGUUUCAUACUGGCGAUUAACAGACAGUGAGGGCAAUCAAUUUGGACACAAAAUCUGGUGUGAUAUUACUGUGGAAGACGACUAAUCAUCUUUAACCGCAUUGAAUUACCGUAUGAUCAAUAAUCCGUUUCGAAUAGAUCUUAAAAAGAUAACAUCUUUAGCUGCAACCAUUCUUACAUCUUCAAAUUGGAAGACUUUAAAAUAAUGAUGCACUUUUGCGUGGCCGAUAGAUCGUGGUCAGAAAUGGCAUCUUCAUCCCUCCUCCUCUCCUUUUCUCAAAAACUUUCAUAAUAUUCCGUUUCCUGAGAUUUAAUAAUAUCACAUCAUUUACUGCACGUUUCAUUAGAUUUUAUUGAUUUUAUUGAUUUUAUUGCACAUCAAUUUAAAAUAGAAGCUUUAUGUUUUGCAUUAAGGCGAAUUUUAUUUAUGUAAUGUACAGUAUAUAGAGAUGGUAUCUACAAGAAUUUAUGUUAUGAA